UAGCACACUCUUCACAUGUUAUGAAUUGGGAGCUUAGCUAAAUGUUAAAACAUGGAGAAACUCCGUGUUUUGGAACUGUACAGUGGCAUUGGAGGGAUGCAUUAUGCAUUGAGAGAGAGCUCGGUCCCUGCUGAAGUGGUAGCUGCAGUGGAUGUGAACACAACAGCCAAUGAAAUCUAUAAACACAACUUCCCCGAAACUCUGCUGUUACCCAAGACCAUUGAAGGAAUGACAUUAAGUGAUUUCAAUAAACUGGAUUUUGAUUUGAUUUUGAUGAGCCCUCCUUGUCAGCCUUUUACAAGGAUUGGAUUACAGGGUGAUGUAAAUGACCCCAGAACAAAAAGCUUUCUCUACAUCUUGGACAUUCUGCCAAGGUUGAACAAGAUGCCCCGCUUCAUUCUGUUGGAGAAUGUGAAAGGCUUUGAGUCGUCCUCUGCAAGAAAUGCCUUGAUAAAGACUUUACAGGACUGUAGAUACAACUUUCAGGAAUUAAUGAUAUCACCCACUUGUCUGGGAAUACCGAAUUCAAGGCUGCGUUAUUUUCUUAUUGCCAAAGCUUCCCCAGAUUCCUUCUCAUUUCAGAAAACAGCAAAGAUUUUAGAGGGCUUUCCAAAGUCAGAAUCCAGCUCUGACACAGACAGUCCCAUGAUCCCUGACAGCCACUGUAGUACAGUUAAUGCUGACAAGAGAGAAGACGGGACUAUAAUCUAUAAGAUGGAGACGGCUCAGGAGCUGGAGAGGAAGAGGAGUCAGGACGGUGAACAGACCGUGAGGAGACUACGGGAUUUCCUGGAAGAUGAAGAACAAGGAACAGACAUGGACAGUUAUUUGCUUCCUCCAAAGAUCCUGCUCAGAUACGCCUUGCUCAUGGAUAUAGUGAAUCCAAACUGCAGGAGAUCAGUCUGCUUCACUAAAGGAUAUGGGCACUAUGUAGAGGGAACUGGGUCUGUUCUUCAGUCGUGUACAGACAUGGAGCUGGAGAGCAUCUUUAAGUCACUGGACAUGCUAUCUGAAGAGGAAAAGCUGAAGCAGCUGUCCCUGCUCAAGCUCCGAUACUUCACACCCAGAGAGAUCGCCAACCUUAUGGGCUUCCCACCACAUUUCAGCUUUCCAUCAAAUAUCUCCGUUAAGCAGCAGUACCGGGUUCUGGGAAACAGUCUAAAUGUUCAUGUAGUGGCCAAGCUCAUCAGUCUCAUGGUGUCAUGACCAGUACAUUGGAUCUGCUGCAGUGUUUAAGGACUGCUUUAGGCUUCACUGCAACUGUAAAUUAUUAAAUAAAGUUUUAUAUCUUGUA